AACAGACUUAACAACAUUGUGCACGUGAAUUGUUUUCAUUUGCAGACUAUAUUUUAAAUGAAUGUGUCAUAAAACAAUUAUUUGAAAUGGAAACAAGCAUUAAAGACAGUUUCCUUGAAGAAAACGGGGAUUACAAAGAAAUCAAACCCAGUAAAGAAGUCACCACAAUCGGUGGAUUUCAAGAGAUUGAUGAAAUCGAGGAUGAAGUUUGGUUGCUGCAGUGCCCUAAAGGAUUUGAUAUUAAAUCGGAAUUGGAGGAUCAGAGAUUAAAGAUCCCCGGGCGGACCAAUUUCAAUUCGUCUGAAGCUGUAGCAGUUGAAUAUGACUUGCCAGAAUUACGUGCAUUCGGCUAUUGCAAUCGUAAAGGUCGUUAUUCGUUGCGUUUAUUACCAGUAAAGGGAAACAUUUUACUGCGUGGACGUCUGAAGGCCACUGAAGCAGUGAUAUUAGAAAAUGCAGAAGCUUUAUAUCCACCGCAAGGGCGUGUACCUUUGCCCGAUAUGAUCAAAGUUCGUCAUCCUUUACAUGGCCAUCAAUUUGAUAAAAGCUUACGCGUGGACAGGGCAAUUGCGGAACGACUUAAAAAAGCGGACGAAAUAUCGGCGAAAAUACUCCAUGAAGCAAUUAUGAAUCGGAAAAAUGCGAAAAGUCGGAAUCUUGGGUUAUCCAAGCAGAAGCAAAAAUCAAAUACAGUAACGGCUGUCCAAGAAAGAAAUGUUGUGUGUAUUGAUAGUACUGAUGAUGAUGAGGCAGAAUUCGAUGGAGAGUCCAAGGGAAAGAAAAGUGAAAGAAAACGAAAGCCUUCCGAUGGCUCCCUUAUUCAUCAAGAAAGCGAAAUACAAUCUACAAACGAAGAGAGUGUCAAGAAAAGGAAAAAACACAGAAAAUCUGAUUUGGAUGAAGAAAUUUCAAAAGACUUACAGUGGCUUCAAAAUUUGUAAAUAAAAUGAAGUAUUUCUUCCAAAAAUAAAUAUAUUUUAUUUUUUUUAUAUGUAUAUUAAUUUAACAAUUA